CAUGCCCUAACUAAAUUCGUUAAGUAUUAAUACUACUCUUCAUUUACAUCACCAUUCUCACUCAUCUAGUGCUUGCCUCUCUACCUUUUUGUUUUCUUCUUUGCAUUUUUUCAACUCAAUUCUUCAUGAAAUAUAAUUCUGACAGCUUUAAAUUUGUUCACCAUCUUACCUCAUCAAUUAGUCUAGCUUUAACUUCCUAUACACUCACAGAUUGCUCUCCAUUUCCAUGCGUGGAACUCAAUCAUCGUCCCAUCAUAUAGCAAUGGCGACAGGGAAGAAGAAGGUGUUGGUGAUGAUAUUGCUCUUAGUGAUCUCGACGACGGUUUCAAAGGGAGUGAGAGAGGAGGAGGGAAUGAGGCAUAGAAAGCGGCAUUCAGCAUGGAGAGACAUGACAACAAUAAACGGGUCAAGUUAUAGUGAGGCCUAUUGCCUAAGCUGGAGGAUGGCUGUGGAAGCUAACAACAUGAGAGGGUGGCGAACCAUACCUUUACAGUGUUUGCGCCAUGUCCAGGGUUACAUGGUUGGUGGCCAAUACUUCCGUGAUAUUAGCUUGAUUAUUGACCAAAUUUAUGCAUAUCUCGACAUGGUUACGGUUACCCCCUUUGAUGAUGACUUGGAUGCUUGGGUAUUUGAUAUUGAUGACACUUGCCUCUCCAACCUCUUUUACUAUCGAGCCAAGCGCUUUGGGUGUGAUCCAUAUAAUCCAACGGAGUUUAAAGCGUGGGCUUCUGGAGGAGAAAGUCCCGCCAUUCCUGCCGUGUUGGAUUUGUUUAAAAAAUUGAUUGAAGUGGGAUUCAAGGUGAUCUUAUUGACCGGAAGGGACGAAGAGACCCUUGGCGAAGCAACUGUAAACAAUCUGCUAAACCAAGGUUUUGUUGGAUAUGAACGCCUCAUUAUGAGGUCGGCUGAAUAUAGAGGACAAAGUGCAAUCAUGUACAAGUCUGAAAUCAGAAGGCAACUUAUUAUGGAGCAAGGGUAUAGGAUUUGGGGAAAUGUAGGAGACCAAUGGAGUGAUCUCCAAGGCAAUUUUACUGGUGAUCGAACAUUUAAAAUUCCCAACCCAAUGUAUUUUGUUCCUUAAUUCAUUUUUGUCCUCUACUAUAACUACUACAACUACUACAUUUUACUAUGUGUGACUCUCUUUGACAGAAUGUAAAAUUUCGAGAGUCGUGUUUCGUGCUUAUAUCAUACAUGUAUUUAAGUUUGUGAAUCAAGGUGAAAUUGUAAACAUCCAAUGUCAAAAUGCUCGACACAUGAAUAUAGAUGGAGAAUUUGCAUUUGAGGCAAACAA